UUAAAAUAUUGCCCACAACACAUGCGAUAGUAGAAAAUAAAAACAUUAGAAAUAAAAUUUUAAUUUAAUUCAAAAUGCCUAAAGUAAGAGCAGAAAAGAAGUCAAGAAUUCAUAAUGAUGUUGCAAAGCAAGGAAUUGUUUUCAACAAGGAUUUUGGUCAACAUAUUUUGAAAAAUCCACUGGUGAUCACUUCUAUGAUUGAAAAGUCAGCUAUUCGUCCUACAGAUGUUGUUCUAGAAAUAGGACCUGGUACUGGAAACAUGACAGUAAAAAUUCUCGAGAAAGCAAAGAAAGUGAUUGCCUGUGAAAUUGAUCCAAGAAUGGUUGCAGAAUUACAGAAGCGUGUCCAAGGAACACCAAUGCAAUCAAAAUUACAAAUCCUAAUCGGAGAUUUUCUUAAAAGUCCCGAAUUGCCUUUCUUCGAUCUUUGCAUUGCGAACGUUCCAUAUCAAAUCUCAUCGCCUCUUGUCUUCAAACUUCUACUUCAUCGUCAAUUUCGAUGUGCUGUGUUGAUGUUUCAAAGAGAAUUUGCUCAACGAUUAGUCGCACAACCAGGUGAUAAACUUUAUUGUCGUCUCAGCAUCAACACACAACUUUUAGCUCGCGUGGAUUUACUUAUGAAAGUUGGAAAAAAUAAUUUCAAGCCACCACCGAAAGUUGAGUCGUCAGUCGUUCGACUUGAACCUAAGAAUCCUCCACCGCCAAUUAAUUUCACUGAAUGGGAUGGAUUAACAAGAAUAGCUUUUCUUCGCAAGAACAAAACAUUGGCGGCUGCUUUUAAGCAAACGACGGUGUUGACAUCACUCGAACAUAAUUACAAACUUCAUUGUUCUUUAAAUAAUUUGGAUGUGCCCACGGAUUUCGACAUUAAAUCAAAAGUUGAAGGAAUUUUAGAAAGUCUUGAUGCUGAUAAGUUUCGUGCACGUACAAUGGAUAUUGACGACUUUAUGAGAGUUCUUCAUGGCUUCAACAGUGCUGGCAUUCAUUUCAGUUAAACCGCGCCAAUUUGAAGAAUGGGAAUGAAUAAAUUAAAAGCUUUCUUAACGUAUGAAGUUGCGUUUGAACUCUGAAACAUUAAAAUGAUUACAAAUUGAUAAUAAAAUUGAUUUUUGUUCAUUUACCUCCAG